UUUUUGUCGGUCAAGUCAUUUCUGCAUUUUACGGACCUCGUCGCGUCGUGUCGCGCGAUUUGCGCAUGAACAAAUGCAAAAAAAUAUUAUACGAAGUAAUAAUUUGAAAUUUGACAUACUGGAGAUAUUACGCGUGACAAGCAUGCUUCGUUAGCGGACUCCCUUGUCAAGAGAUAUUUCGGUGAUCAUUAUGUCUAACCGGCCUUUUAAAGCCCGAAACGCUUUUCAUCCCGCGGAUCCACCGCACGGCAUGCAAAAUUACGAUGUGGGCGCUCUAACGAGAGAUCAGAAGCAAGCUUUGAACAAAAUGAAAAUGACGACUCGAAAGGAAAACGAAAUUUACUUUAAAUCACACCCGGAAAUCAGAGGUCUGGUCGGUAUUUUAUUGAGGCACGUCCUAUCGAAGCAGCCGCUCAUCGAUAUUCACGAGGUUGUAGGUACAUUUUUCAACAGACCACGUCGAGAAAUUGUUGCUGACCUUUUGGAUUACUUGUCGUCCGCCGAUAAACGAUCAGACAUAACGGACGAUCUUCGACGGGAAAUAUUUCGAACGGUCAGCUUUGAAACUUGCAGUAGCAGCGAUUCGAAUUCACAGUCCUAUUCUAGCUCAUGCAACUGCAUGCAAUCGCACGAAUGUGAUUCAAACAACCAACGUUGUGAAGCUCGCAGUAGCGAUGAUUCGCACUCGCAAUCCGAUUCUAACUCGUGCAAUUGCAACCGCACGGAAGUGACUCGCAAUUUUCAAUAGUAGUCCAAAUAGAGUCGAUUUACUUGGUUACAUUUACAAAUCCGUUCAACCUUUUUUUUUUUAAAAAUCGAUAUGAAUUUUAAUGAUAAUACGAUUAGAUAUGAUUUAGUCGCGCGAACUUUUCAUAUAGAUUUAAAAUCAAAUAAUUCGAUUUUUGUAGCGAGAAUAUAGGAUAAAACCAACAUAAUGCUACAAAUGCUUCAAAAUGUUUUUUGAACGAUGAUCGGUCAGUUCGUAAAACUCUUUCUUUUGUUUGGUCAAUCAAAUGCUUCAAAGCACUUGUAGUGAGACUUUGGCCACACCCAUAAUCCUGGAUGAUGUGUUCCUUAUUGAAUGCUAUAUAUAUACACAGAAAUAAAGUUUUUUUUAUUAAAAUAUUUA